AUGGAAACUAUUAAAACUCACCCACCGUUAUCACUAUUACUUCUUCUACAGUCUGCUCCUCCGCAGGAAACCUUCAAAGCCUUUAAAGAUGACUGUGAAGUGUUGGGUAUGCCGUGGUACUCAAGCACCGCACAGCAGUUGUGUGUAUCUCUGUUCAUACGAAAUCCAAUCUUGCUAAAGUAUCCACCGCGUAAAACGAAUAUUCGUGCCUUCUUAAAAUUAUAUCUUAAUGAUUUACAAUCACCAGAGACGAUGACCCUCAUGAUAAAUACAUUAAAUCAUGAUGAUGAAGAAGAAGAGGAUACUAUUGAUUCUCGCCUUAUGGAAGCGUAUAUUGAAUAUUCCAUAAACUCGGAUAGUAAUGAUAUACAAGCCACUAAGUGUUAUAAAACAUUUUAUUGUCCAUUUGCGUGUAAACCAUAUCUUCCUGUUCGUUUGGCUUCCGGUCAAUUCACAAAUGUGGGUCUCGCCCUUUGGCCAGCAGCAUUUGUAUUAACACAAUUAUUACUAGACGAGUUCACAUCUUCGCAACCCAUGAUACUAUCACCUACAGGAAAGAUACGAGUAUUGGAAUUAGGGGCUGGUGUUGGUUUAACACCAUUAGUACUACAUCGAUAUUCUCCCUGUAGAGAACGAUUGCAGCGUUGUAUUCUCACGGAUUACCAACCCGAAUUAAUUGAAAACAUUCUCUUUAAUCUUAAUUCUAACGGUAUCGUAUCAGAUCUCUCUAGUGAUCAUAAAGGUAAGGAUCUUGUAUACAUCACAGACAUUCUUGACUGGACAGAGACGGAAGAGAAUCAACAUAAACUACAAGAAUGGGAUUGUAAUCUCAUUUUGGCUGCUGAUUGUAUUUACGAAGUGGAACUCAUCACUCCUCUCGUCACUACACUACGCAAUGCACUCCACUCCGCUGAGGACGCAGUGGCCAUUGUUGUACAAACACACAGACAAAAUACCACCAUGCGGCGUUUCUUCGAUGCUGUGAAGGAUGCUUCCCUACAAAUGAAGUCUUUCCGUCUCUUGUCUAAUGCAUUGGAUGAAAAGAAUGAAAGAAGAGAAGGAGGAGGACUGACUCUUCAACCAGCCACCUUAGAUGCAGAGGGAAACCUCAUCACUAUUGAGGUUGAUCAGGAGCAGAACCCCGACAAUAAUAAUAAUAAUAAUAAUAAUCGUAUAAAUACGCGUAAAGAUAAUGGCGAGGGUAAUAAUGGAUGUUGGAAUGGCUGGUUGGGGCCAUUCUAUCUAAGCUCAGAGGCGGCGGUUGGUAUUCACGUACUUCGACGGUAA